UUUACAGCUUAGUUCUAAUCAAACAUUCAAAGGCAGCAGUUGUUUCUACAGAUAAGGCUCAAAAUGCAAGAACAAAUUGGAAGACUUUGGACAACUUUGCAUGAUGGAAAGUAUGAAAUUCGCAGUCUUGCAAAAGCUGACUUGGAGGAAGCUCUUGAUGUCUUAAACGACUCAUUUUUCUUAAACGAAUCAGUUUGCAAUGCUUGCGAAAUCAAUUUGCCACAAAAUGCGCAGGCGCGUCAAGAGUUGCGGGAACUGUGCCGAAUAACAGCGCAGGAUGGAGUUUCUUUACUUGCUAGGCAUGUGGAAAGUGGUCGCAUUGCUGCCGUUUCCUUCAAUAAAAUGCAGUUUGCUCCACCGCCUGGUGAGGACAAUUUCUUUGUGAAGUUCCUUAAGGAACAAGUGCACAGCCCACAGGCGUUGCGUCUAAUGAACUACAUGAUAACAAUGGACUCGAAGAUCGAUGUCUGUGCUGUCUACAACAUGGAUUGCGUCAAUGAAUUAAUGUUCUUGGCCACUCUACCGGAAUUUGGGCGUCUUGGACUUGGUCGUUCACUAGUCGAUGUCACUAUUCAAUUUACCCAAGAAUUAAGUCAGGGUAAAGGACUGGAGGAUAUUGCUGAGGAGUUGAGUGAAUUGCGUCCUGCUGCAGUCACAGCUCUGUGGACUUCGGUGUUUACGCAAAAAAUUGGCAAAGACGUGGGCUUUACUGUGUUGAACACUGUGCCUUAUUCGGAGUUCGAAUACAAUGGAAAACGUUUUGAUGAACGUAUUGACCCGCUGCAUAAUAAAUUCUCCCAGCAGGUGGUGUACAAAUUCUAAAUGAUUAUAAAUACAAAUAUGGUUUAAAAAAUGUACAAAUUUCUAAGUAAA